AUGACAGAUCGCCUGAUUCGUAAAUUUAGUUCUAUGGCAUUUGAAGAGGAGUGUGACGAUCACAAGGAGAUGAUCAAGGGAAUGGACAAAGAUAACAGCGGAAGAGUGCUGGAUUUGCUCCUGAAGAACACAAAAAACAAAAAGUUGUUGUCAAAAUAUUUGCUGCUGUUUCUGGGCAGAGUUGGAGAGAACAAGAAGGAGUUUGACAUCGAUGCAGUUGCCAGUGUUCUCGUUGACGGAGUCUCAGACCAAGAAGUGCUUCUUUUUGCUCUAGAGAAGUUUCAUAAGGCAUUGGGCACCCUUGAACGAACCAGUCUCCUUGAGAAGGUUGCUGCCACUGGAAUCAAUGCUCCUGUUCUGAUCAGAAUGCUCGAAUCAGCCUCAACCACCAUCAGUGCCGUUGUUUUGGACAUUCUUGCAUCUACGCCCAAUUUAACAGAAGAAUUCAUCAGGGCCUCUCUUCCUGAAAUCAAUGGCCAAAUUGCCAGAAACCUUGCUCUGAUUCUCCCACAGCUCAGUGCCAAAUACUUCGUCCACUUCCGCCACUUCGAAUGCCUCCUCUGCUCUGAAUCGCACCUUCUUCGUUGCUGCUACAUUGAUAUUGCUGAAAAACUGAUUAUUGAAUUCAGACAGGCUGAAAAUACAGAAAAUAUCUCAAUAUUAACUGAUCAGAUUGUGGAGCGUCUCCAUGACAAAAGCAUCUACGUCAGAGCCAGGGCCAUCAGUGCCCUCAGCAGCCUAUUCAAGAAUGCUGCUGUUCUAAACAACCAAAUCAAACUGGUUCUGCUUGGAAUCAUAGAUCGAGUUGGUGAUAAAACAGUUCUGGUCAGAAAGAAGGCCAUUUCCAUUUUGGCCCAGGUUGCAUUGAAUUCAGCCUGUCUGACUGACUCAAAGGAGACAGGCAGUGAAAUCAGAGAGUGCAUCCGCCUUGGCCUUGAUCGUGCAUCUGCUCUUCUUGAUGCAGCCCUUAAGACUGAUACACUUGAUGUCUUCGUAUUCAUCAAAAUUGCCUAUUUGCAGGGUAUUCCUGGGGCAGAGGCAGCUGUUGGCAAAAUGAUCAGCUUCGUCUACGUCGAGGAGCACCGUGAUGACGUAAUCAGAACAUUUCGUGAAAUAAUCAACAAGAAGGAGAAUGUGCUAUUUGAGUUCGUAAACAAUCGCGCAUUUGAAGACGUGAUUCCACACCUGGAAUUGAGCCCAGGGCGACUUCUCUCAAACAUCAAAGAGGGCCGUGGUCUCUUUGAAUCACUCUACGUCCUACGUCACAUGAAUCAGUACAAGAUCAGCUGGGAAGCAGGUGCCAGUCUGCUUGAUCAGUCUGGAACUGCUGUCUUUGAAUCACGGGGUCUGCCAGCCCUAACCAGAAACAUUGAGAUGUACAACAACACCCUGGUUGUUCUAGGCCGUCUUUCUGGUCGACGUAAACACGAUAAUCCCCUCUUUUCAUUACUGAUCAGAAACCUGAUCAAAAUGGGAUUCAAUGAGCCAAAUCUGAUACCAAACACGGUCAAACUGUUUUAUAGGGCAUCAACUGGGCCAGAUGUAAAUGCAGUCAGACUGAUCAGGGCCAUUGCUAAGUCACGGUCUAAGACGAAAUUGCUUGAUGCAAUUGGCUCUGUUUGCAUUGAACAAUACUCAUUCAUUGAACUGAUUGAGAGGAGAAUAAAGGUGGAUGUGCUGGAUCAGAAUAUUGAUCAGAAUAUUGAUCAAAAUAACAAACAGAGGCGAAUUGACCUAAAAAGCAGAGUUGGACCAGAGCCACCCGAAUCAGCCCCAAAAAAGCAGCGUCGAAACUCCCUCGCAGACAGUGCCACUCUCCGCUACCGCGACUUGUGCGAUCUCCUCAGGGCCCAGGGAAACGAGGAGAUCACCGACUUCUUUGAUCACCAAAAAGAGCACGAAAUUCUGAAUGGUGAUCGAGGUGUCCUUGGCCCACUGAUUCCGUUUGUGGUAGAAGAAUGCCACUCCAAGAACAGUGCCGUCUGCUACGCCGCAAAUGUCGCACUUGCAAAAUGCAUCAUCUCAUCCCGCCUGAUUUUUGAUCAAUAUUUCACUGAUCCAUAUCUGAUCAACCUGUUUGAUCAAAACCAGUCUCCAAUCCUCAGAAACACCCUUGUUUCGUUCCUAGGCGACAUUGUCAUCUACUACAGCAGUGCAAUUGAAACAGACGUCCUCUUCAGCCUGCUCUCUGAUGCCACCAUCAAAUUGAAUGGGAUGCUCCUGAUCCACAGUCUCAUUGCCAAGAACGUGCUACGAAUCAGGUCAUUCUCACGCCACCUUCUCAUCCACCACAACGAUGAUCAAAUUGGUGGAUUAGUUCGUAGACUGAUUGGAUCAAAUGAGCAGUCUGUUCCACCAAUGAUCUAUGAGGCAUUUCUGGUUGAUGAAAUACCGGUGGAAGCAGUUGAAUACCUCUGUAGGCUGAUUCAGGGAGAUGGAAGGAGACUGAUUGAGAAGUGUGGAGCAGUUGAAAUGAAUGGAAUCAAGAAGGAGAAGAUGGAGAUAAUACGUGGGGUAUUUAGUGGCAAUUGA